AUGUUGUCCAGAUUAGGUUUGAGAGCCACGCGGGUGCCCCGCAGUGCCUUCCGGUCCUUAACCACCAAGACCACCAUCACUGACCAGUCAGACGGCAGAGUUAUCACUUUGACUGACCCAAAACACCCAGAACUCGCAGACUACCCUAACCCAAAGCCAGAGUUGGCCCAGAACAGAGACCCAUACAAGAAGUACGACUUCCAGCAGUUGAGAAGAAACAAGAACGAGCCGCUCAACAUAGACGAUGACUUGUACGACAUGUGGUCGCCUGACUACUUCCAAUUUGUCUCCGACAAGACCGCUUUGAAGCACAAUGCUAUAUUCUUCUCCAUUGUCCUUGGUUUUGGUGCUGCCAUCUACUUCUUGCAGCUCAACCCAGAGAAGCCUGCAAUGCCUCGUUCUUUCCCAUACAAUGGUUUGGCCAAGGAUUUGGGUUCUGGCCGUGAGGAGACAGACUACUUCUACAAGGUGAAGAGUGAUGCUGAUGCUGAUGCUGCCGGCAUUUUGGCAGCUGAUCCAGACAUCGCCACGCAGAAGGCUGCGUACGAGCAGGCCAACGCCGACUUCAUCAAGGCAUAA